AUGUCAGAGGACAAUCGGAAAUUAAUUCAAGAAUUGCAACUGAAUCAUGGAUUGACUUACAUCAACGGUGAAUUCAUACCGAGUGAAGAGGCUAUUCUCAGUAAUGAUGGCAAACUUACUAUAGAAAAAUAUUUCGGAGAGCCUUUAGUAAUUAUCAAAAAAUCGGGUUUUUUAGGUAGGAAUGCCAUCGUUUUAUUUCCAAUCGCCAGGGUGACAUAUUACUCUCAAUGCAGAAGCGAUAUUAUUUCACACAUAAUAACUGGUGAUAUUAUAACUAUUCCUACAAAAAAAUACGGAGAAUUUGUAGCGACAAAGGUUCUAGUCGGCGGAAAACUUAUAAUUAGAAAUUAUGGUGACAUGACAGAUUCACAGAGAAACGUAUUGAAGUCGCAUAUUAUAUGGGCUCUGGAUUCUGUACGCAAUUCAAAAAAGAAUGUUUUUCAAAACUUUUCAUUAUCUAUUGGAAAGUUUAAUUUUCAUAUAUUUGAAUAUGAUAGUUCAAGGUUAUUUGAGAGUCCCAUAGAAUUGAUGAAUUGGAUGAAAGAAGUAUAUGAAGAUAAAAAGGUUAAGUUGAUCUCUUACGAAGAUGUAAUUCCAAUUUCACUCAUAAAUCCUUACACAUUCGAAAGUUUUUCCACAUCCGAAAGUCUUCACAUACCCGAAAAGAAGAUUGGUUUGAAUAAAUGGAUCGGUGAUGUUGUCUCUGUCAACUUGGUUACAUGGAUUGAAAAGUUUAAUCUCAAUAACGGGCUAAGCAUCGAUUUAAACAAAUCUAUAAUUCCAGGCAAAGAAGCUGCUGUUGAUUUUAUACGCGUACCCGAGGUGUUAUCGAAAAAUGAGUUGUACGUACAAGCAAUCGAACCAAACACGGAUACGGAAAAUUUUUUGCUAGAGAACAAUUUAUUAUAUACAAUUAAAAGCUUUUGUUCUUUUCCAUUUUUUGAUCAAUUUACAGAAGAUUUAAUUAAUAAAAUGGGAUAUAUUAGUAGAAAACAAAUUCCUACAAAUGGAGAAAGGUUCAUCCAUUAUAUAAUUAGAAUAGAAAAGGUUGAGUUAUUGCUAGAUACAAGAUUCAUCGAACCAACAAUUGAUUUCAGAAACGCUAUACAAAAUGCACUUGAUCAAUUGAAACCUUAUCAGGCUUUGAAAAAAGUUUUUGGAGAUUUUGGUUAUUUGUGGCCUCAAAAAGUUAUCUUAGGAGAGGUAUUAAGAAAGACUUGUUCAUCAACAUCAAAAUUUAAUCCCGCGGAAUGUUCGUUAUUAUACAAACAUAAAUUGCUGGAAAAAAAGAUCGAAGAGUUGAUAUUGAGUUAUGCGCCUAGUUUACUAGAUGAGAAUUUCUCCUUUUCAGAUUCACACGGGCAUACAGUCAGGAAAGAGGAAUUGAAUGAUUGGGUAAAUAGUCACGGUGACAUUCGUAAAUAUGAUAUCGUCGGUUUUGAUGAACCUAUUGCGCUAUAUAAAAUUCUUGAAAGUGAACAACAAAAGGAAAUUGAACUAGUGUUAAAUGAACGACGUGAUGACAAGAUAUUGUUAUCUGGGUUAACUGAGUAUGGAAACUUGAAUACAAAUGUUAGCGAACAUAUACGAAUACGUUUAAAAGAAUCGUUAGAUAAUAGGGAAUAUGAAGUUUUUGGCACGGUCAUCGAUGAAAAUAAUCAUAGAAUAGAGGAUUGUGCGGCGAAAUUUGGGUUAUAUGACUAUCGUGGAUUUUCGGCUAUUAUUAAGACUGGUUCCAAUUUUGUCAGUAGAAAAAGGCGUAUAGUGUGGAUCAUAGUUGGGAAGCCCUCUUUACUCGGAGUUUUUAGUCCUCGACUUCGCAAAAAUAGGAAAAUAAAAACUUUCAAAACUGUACUUAAACCCGAAGACUUGAAUCCCAACAAAGAGACAAUUUCAAUUCGAAGUCCGUUGCCAUUAAUAGAGGAUUCGCUUGUAUUAAUUCAUACGUCGAAAAAACAUUUUGACUUUGACUCUAUAAUUCAGUUUGAGCUGAAAGAAUGGUCACAUAAUUUCCUUCACCUAAAAGCAUUUCUUUGGUCAGUUCAAGAAAAAGUUACCAAUUUGGAUUCUUCUCAGUUAUCAGAAAUUAAUUCGUUUCGGGAAAUAACAUUGAGCGUUUGUAUCAUCUCUCCGAAUAGCGAAAAAGUAGUGGUAAUUGAUUGCUCCGACGAAUUAAUUAACUGUGAUAUUUUUGGACGAAAACUUGAAAAUGGCAUAAAAGAUGAUACGAAAGAACUAACGUCAACUCAGCUGAAAGAAAAAUAA